UAAUCAAAAAUCUAAUUUCAGAUCAAAUAUGAGUCAGUUGUGAAUAGAAGAGUAAAUUUUAUAGGAAAAAUGGCGACCAAAUCCUUCUCUCGACAAUCCAGUGUGUCUGAUCAGCUAAUCACCUUCAAGGAUGUAUUGAAUCCUCGUUCUGAUUUUGACCAGCUAGAACGAUUAAUCUUAUCAAACCUGGACGAGAAGGAAAAAAUCUGUCUCAAAGACUUCAAAAAAUAUAUUGUGAAAGGAGAAGGUGUUUGGGUGCUAGACCAACAAAUUCUUGACUUUGUGGCCGGACUUUUAGAGCAUAGAUCUUUAAACCUGGAUAUUCGAGUUAAGUUGUUAAGGUUGCUGGCGGCAGCAGCCCUUCGUGAUGAUUUCUGGAGUUUUCUACAGAUGGAUAGAAAGAAUCGAACCCUGAUGCGCUUCCCAAACUUGUUCGAGAACUUAACCGUUGAGGAGCAGAAGGGCGUGGCAUUAUUUCUAGUUAACACAUUCUCAACCCCCCAGGGAGCUGACUGGUUAAUGUAUGGGAGCACGUGGAAACUGGACGAGGAAACUGAGACGAGUAAUGUUAAAAUAACUGCCAAAGUAGCGGGAUACAGCCUAGUUAGCUAUACUCCUAGUCUACAGGAAUACGGGAGUGCUCUUAUAUAUAACAUAGCCCUGAAAGAAACCAAAGCUCUGAGUGUUCCUAAGAAUAAGUAUACUGAAGAAGAUUUGCCUACAGUAGAUCUGGAUUAUGGAACUGUGUCAAAUCAAGAUAUUAUGGAAACCCGAGAAAGUACCCAGUUUGUAACCUUGAAAGUGUACAAUGAUGUCGCUGUGGAACUAAGCAUGGCGACUCUGAAAUACAUCAAGAAAACAAAAAAUCCACCAGAGGAAGUUCUGUACCGUUGUAUGAAAAGUUUGGUUAAGUUCUCUUAUAUUAUUCCGAAUGAUAUUCUGCAUUGUGUAGCAAUGGUACAGGUUGAUCUGGACACUUUGAUCCCAGGAAACUCAGCCAGGAUUGAUGCUGAGAUGAAAAUGUUGAAAGCUAAACUAAUAAAAUCUACAGAAUAGAAAAUCCCUAAAUAAAUUUACACCCCCCGCCGUAUAACAUUAUUAUCAUUUAAGAUAGCCAUCGGGAUGUAUUACAGGAGGGGAUUUACACCUAUUUAUAUUGUACUUAAUAAUUAUACUGCCAGUUAAACUAAGCAUAUCAAGUAUCAUAUAACCCCUAUCAUUUUAUUUAGC